AUGUCGUCUGUGAAGAGGAAAUUGGUGAUUGUCGGCGACGGAGCGUGUGGUAAGACGUCGCUGUUGUACGUCUUCACCCUUGGCGAGUUCCCUACGGAGUACCAUCCCACUGUUUUUGAGAACUACGUGACAGACUGUAGGGUUGACGGUAAAGCUGUCCAGUUGGCGUUGUGGGACACAGCUGGGCAGGAGGAGUAUGAAAGGUUGAGACCUCUGAGCUACUCCAAGGCCCAUGUCAUUCUCAUCGCGUAUGCGAUUGAUAGUCCUGAUUCGCUGAACAAUGCCAGAAGAAAGUGGAGCAACGAGGUGUCGAGAUACUGUCCUGGAGCACCUGUGAUCCUUGUUGGACUGAAGAAAGACCUGAGAAAUAAUAGUAAUGAAAAGACCAACAGUCGGAAGUAUGUUCAGAAGCAACAAGGUGAAGAAGUUGCAAGGAUAAUUGGGGCUAAGAAGUUCCUGGAAUGCUCUGCUUUGACAGGUGAGGCAGUGGACGAUGUCUUUGAAGCUGCAACAAGAACCAGUCUAUUGGUGAGAGAUGAGGAUACCGGAUCAUCCUGCUGUGUCAUCUCGUGA